AAGACAAAAAAAGAAGGAUCCCAGAGAAUCCAUCUAGCAUGAAAAUCUGAGCAGCCGGGCAUCAUUUCCAUGACAGCACGAAGACACUACACGCUCCCACGAACUCUCUUAACACCUCGCUUUUACUCCGAAGGGACGAUGGCUGGCAUUGCCCAAAUCACCCCCUUCCUGUACCUCAGCAAAGGCAGCGUUGCCUCCAACCGCCAGCUGCUCUUGUCCCGCGGGAUCACCUGCAUUAUCAACGCCACCGUCGAACUCCCGAACCCCAACUUCCCCGACUUUGAGUACGUCCGGGUGCCCGUGGCCGAUAUACCCAGCGCCCCCAUUUCUCUUUACUUUGACGGCGUGGCAGACAAGAUCCAAAGCGUGGCUCGGAAGAACGGCGUCACUUUGGUCCACUGUGCGGCCGGGGUGAGCCGGUCGGCCACGCUGUGCAUCGCUUACCUGAUGAAGUACCAAAACGUCACCCUGUACGAGGCCUAUAACUGGGUCAAAUCCAGGCGCCCAGUGAUACGUCCGAACGUGGGUUUCUGGAAGCAGCUGAUAGACUACGAAUGGGAGCUGUAUGGGCGGAACAGUGUGAAAAUGGUACAAACUCCUUAUGGGAUGAUGCCAGAUGUUUACGUAAGGGGAGAAAGGGUCUUUGUGCCUUACUGGGGGAUCUGAAGAGAGGAAGCUGGAGAAGAUGGUGGUGAGGCUCCCUAAACUGGCCAGGUCGGAGGGACCUACCACCCCUGUUUGGAGAGCAUCCCAUCUCAUGGCUCCAGCUUCUUUUGGGUCAGCUGAACCUCAGAAGCAUCUUCAAAGCACUAAACCAGCAACCUCUUAAUCAAGGGGGCCUUAAUCCUACAUCCUGCAGAAUCACUUUUGUAAGGAAAAUUGCCUUUCGCAUCUCUAAAGUGGACUCUGCAAGUUCAUUUCAAGGAGAAGAAUUCACGGUGUCAAAUCACUUAAAAUGGGGAAGGAACAAUCCACCUGGUAGCUAUUGGGAUUAUUAAGGAUGACGAUGAUGAUGAUUAGUUUUCUCACUUGUAAUAAAUGCUUUCUUGGCAAACCAUCUCAGAAGGAGGGACCAUAACUCUGUACCAUGUGGGAUUAAAAU